AUGAGAGAGCCAUUGGAUAACCUAAAGAUUUCAAGGAUCUUUGGUUCUUCUUCGAACUCGAGGACAUGCUUUUCUGCAGCAAAAGAUCUCAUUGCCUAUGCGGCAUCAGGCGGUGUGGUAGUGGCACAAUUGGAUUUCGAUACACAGCAGAUAAUCAAACAACGAUUCUUUUGCGCUUCUUCGAAAUCACUUCGUCAGGAAUCCCAUUCACCCACAAAUAUUGCCAAGGAUUAUUAUGGGUUAAUAAAGCCUGAGCAUAGUAUUAGUAUUAAAGGUGAUACCUGGAAUGACUCGGAUGAGGCAUCAGAGAAAGCUGUUACAAUAGGUUCAGAUUUAUCACCAGCUCGAUGCUCUCCAUCUAAAAUUAAGGACAGAAUUAAGGAUAUUUCAUGUUUAUGUUUCUCUGCUGAUGCGAAAUUUUUGAUUGUGGGUGAAACAGGUCAUCAACCAAGAAUUUUACUCUAUUCAAUGGCACCGGAUUCUAAUGAUUUUCCGGUAUUCGUAAUACAUCAGCAUAGUUAUGGUAUAUCUCAAUUGCAAUUUCAUCCCGAUGAUAGCACUAUCUUUACCAGUCUUGGAUUGAUUAAUGACGGUUUCUUGCACAUAUGGAAGUUAUCUACCAAUAGUAUAAGAUUAGUGGCCAGCAAUAAAAAUUCUACAAUUGUGCUAGGACUAAAUUGGUAUAAGGAUUCUGCUCUUGUUACAUAUGGUGUCAGGCAAAUCAAAGUAUGGAAGUUUGAAAACACCAAUAAUACUGCAAACAAUAAGCUGACGAUUCCUAGAACAAGAACGGCUAUCAAGGGCAAGAACAUUGUGCUUGGUACUUUGAUUGAAUCAACAUUCAUUGACUCCGAGUGGCUACGUGACGAUCAACUAUUGUUUUUAACCGAUUCUCGUCAAGUUGUACUAUAUCAGAAUGGAUCGCUUAUAAGUCUUUACGAACUAGAAGGUGAUAAGCAAUACGACAAUAUUCUAGUAGAUUGGGACAAUGACAAGCUUUGGUUCUCGUAUGAUGAAUAUGUAGAUAGUAUACCCUUAACACAUGUUUUGAACCAUCAAGAAAGAUUGAGACCAGGAAGUGGCAGCUCCUCUAUUAGGGGUGCAAGUCCAAUAAAGAACAAUUUAUUCGAUCAAAAAUUUGUUGAUACAGAAGCUUCAGUUCGUGAUACACAUAAAAUUCUCAUGAUGAAACUGGUAACGAACAAAACUGUAUUGUUUUGUACAUCUAAGGGUGAAAUAUCAAUCAUAAAUGAGACAAUUAAGCCUAUUUCAAAUCCAUCUCUAAACGAUAUAAAAGUGUUCAAAAAAAUUAACAAUGAUUUGGCUGUUCUUUGUAGCAAGAAAGGAGACAUCAAGCUAUUUGAUGGCACCAAACUUUCCAAGUACGAACUUGAUAUAUCAGACCUUUCUUCUGACGAGGAAAUAACUUCUCUGGAUUUCAGUGUGAAUGAAAACUAUUUUGUUGUUGGUGAUUCCACAGGGAAGUUAUCUGUAUACAAAGAUAACGUAUGCGAAUAUCAGAGCAAAGUUCACAGCGCUGCCAUUAACGGUAUCCAAAUAUAUGAGAAAGAUGCUUUCAAAAUUGUAAUCACUAUCAGCAGAGACAGAACAAUGAACUUCAUAGAACUACGAGCUGGGGAAUGGAAUAUUUGCGAAACAGUUAAAGACAAUAAGGGGAAUAUUAUACAGCUUGAGAUGUGCGACAAUAAGUUAUAUACAAUUUCGAGUGAUAGGACUGUAUCUUGCUAUCGGAUAGAUAUUGUCGACAAUACCUUAAACGUUUCAAAAGAAACCAUCCUUUCCGUAAAGAAUUCUCCAUUGAGAUUACAAUUGACAAACUCAGAUAUCAUUGUGUCACGCUCCGACAAAACCAUGCAAAUAUUUGAUAAAACCUCGAACAGUACUCCUAGAUUAUUAAGAUUGUUGGAUGACCAAGGGGAUGGGAUUUUAGUUAACCAUUUUUACGUUAAUGCCGACAGUGACCAGAUUUUAUGUUCUUCUUCAUUGGAUAAAACGAUAAGAUGUUUUAGUUACACUACAGGAAAAUGUCUUAACCAAUACUAUGCUCACGCAGAUCCGGUAGUUGGAAUGACAACCGUUGCCAAUAAAUUUGUCACUGUUACAGGGAAUGGAUGCUUAUUUUCAUGGGAAAUAAGACCAGAAGAAGAAGCGGACGAGAUAAGCGGUAAACUUUUGGAUUUAUCAAGUAGCUAUAGCAGCAAAAACACUAAUACUAUAGUGUCAGCGCCUUCCACACCUGUUCGUAACCCCAAACCUUUCUCACCAGUGAGACUUCAACAUCCAACUCCCGCUUCUUCCCCUUUGAAGAAGGAAAGUCCACUAACUACCAAGAAAAGAGGAAUUAUACCAUCGAAUCAAUUGAAAUCAAACUUGAAUAAACCACAAGAUAUACUUUCAAGUCUACGGCAACUCAGAAUAUCCUUAGUAAAUGAGGAACAGAUAGAUAACAUUGAUGAAAUUAGAAAAGAAGUGUCAUUAAUUCAUAACCUUAUUGAGCCGCAUGAGCAUAUACUACAAAAAUUUGGUGACGAAUUGGUGCAAUUAAUUGAAUCAAAAAUAAAUACUUGA